GGGAAGAAAUUCCUUUUUAUUAUAUAUAUGUAGUAUAAGUUAAAGAAGAUGGAUGGGCCAUAAGUUGCUAUAUAAAUCCUUCCACUUCUUGUUGAUACUAUUGCUUGAGUUCUGAUUGGGCACAGUAGUACCAUUGCCAUUUCUCUCACACAUACCAUCUCUUUCUCUCAUCAUCAAUCAUCAAUCAUCCAAAAGAAAAACCCUAAAAUUUCACUUGUAAGCUUUUUACCAGUUUCUCUCCAUACCCAUUUCAUCAGCUUCUCCAUAUCUUUCUCUAUGGAUUCUGACAUAAUGAACAUGAUGAUGCAUCAGAUGGAGAAGCUUCCUGAAUUCUGUAACCCUAAUUCCUCUUUCUUCUCUCCCGACCACAACAACAACAACAACAACACUCACCCUUUUCUCUUUAACUCAACUCAUUACCACUCCGAUCAGGCAAUGACCAACGAACCAGGUUUCCGGUACGGUUCCGGUUUACUCACUAACCAUUCUUCUAUCUUCCCCAACACAGCCUACUCUUCCGUUUUGCUUGACAAAAGAAACAACACUAGCAACAACAAUAAUAGCACGAACAUGGCAGCUAUGCGAGAGAUGAUCUUUCGCAUCGCCGUGAUGCAACCGAUACAUAUAGAUCCCGAGGCGGUUAAGCCACCGAAGAGGAGGAACGUCAGGAUCUCUAAAGAUCCACAGAGCGUGGCGGCUAGGCAUAGAAGGGAGAGGAUAAGCGAGAGGAUUCGGAUUUUGCAACGGCUUGUUCCUGGUGGGACGAAGAUGGAUACAGCUUCGAUGCUCGACGAAGCUAUUCAUUAUGUGAAGUUUUUGAAGAAACAGGUGCAGUCACUGGAGGAGCAGGCGGUGGUUAAUGGCGGAGGAGGAAGGGUUUUGAUCGGUGGAGGUGGAAUGACGGCGGCGAGUGGUGGUGGUGGCGGCGGAGGAGUGGUUAUGAAAGGGUGUGGAACAGUGGGGACUCAUCAGAUGGUGGGCAAUGCACAGAUUCUUAGAUGAUGAUGAUUUUUAAUUUUAUUAUUAUUAUAUUAAUGUUUGAGAAAAGAAAAAAAUGAUUCUGGAGAGGGAAGAAUUAAUUUAUAUGAGAGUCUUUUAACUUUUUUUUUUUAAUUUUCUUGUUUAGAUAAUGUAUGUGAUGGUUUUUAAAGCCAAAGACUCUCCAUGGUUGUUGGAGCGACGUUGUAAAUUAGGAACUAUUAUCAUCGUAUCCUUGUUAAUCAAAUAAUUAAGCUUCAGGCUUGUGUUCA